GAAAAGAAAGGAAAUAAUAUUUUAGCAUUAUCCUAAAUCCGAAAACAAAUAUUUAAAACAAUUUUUUGAUUGCAGUUUCAGGCUGUCCCUCCAAUAAACACAACCCAAAUGAAUGGUGCCAUCCUCCUAAAAAGUCCUUUCCUUUCUAAAGCCUUUAGGCGACUGCAAUAUAACAAAAUGCCAAUUACCAGAUUCUCUUCCAAAUCCCUCCAAUCCAAAACAGAGAUUCAGAUUCUCUCUUCAGACCCAAUUCCAGGUUCUAAUGAAGCCACUGAGCCAGCAAGUCGGGUUUAUGUGAGGAAAAAGAGAGCUAAAAGGACUCUGGAAGUUGCAGAGAAAGAGCUUAAAGUAGAAACUAAGGAAGUGAAACAAUCUGCCCUACCAGACAUAGAAGAUUUUUCAUUUAAAGGGACAAAUGGAUCUGCCUACUUAAGGAAGUCAAAACCCAGUAGAGAUGUUCUUCCUGUUGACAAUGAAGUUGCUUGUACUAUUAGGCCAUCAGAUGAACCCCCUGCCAAUUGGGAGAUAGUCCUUGAAGGGAUUCGCAAAAUGAGGUCUUCAGAAGAUGCACCUGUAGAUACAAUGGGAUGCGAGAAAGCUGGAAGUUUUCUUCCUUCAAAGGAAAGAAGAUUUGCUGUCUUAGUGUCUUCACUUAUGUCAAGCCAAACCAAGGAUCAUGUAACGCAUGGAGCAGUUCAGCGUCUUCAUCAAAAUAGUCUACUUACUGCCGAUGCCAUUGACAAAGCUGAUGAAACAACAAUCAAGGACUUGAUUUACCCAGUUGGGUUUUAUACAAGAAAAGCAAGUAAUUUGAAGAAAAUUGCUAAAAUUUGUCUCAUGAAGUAUGACGGAGAUAUACCUAGGUCUUUGGAGGACUUGCUAUCACUUCCUGGAAUAGGUCCUAAGAUGGCGCAUUUGGUCAUGAAUGUUGCCUGGGAUGAUGUUCAAGGGAUAUGUGUAGAUACCCAUGUGCACCGCAUUUGCAAUCGGCUUGGAUGGGUGUCUCGGCCAGGUACAGAGCAGAAGAAAACUUCAAAUCCUGAGGAAACAAGAGUGGCUUUACAACUUUGGCUUCCAAAGGAAGAAUGGGUCCCAAUAAACCCUCUUCUGGUUGGAUUUGGGCAGACUAUUUGUACUCCACUCAGGCCUCGCUGUGGAAUGUGCAGCAUAACUGAGUUCUGCCCAUCUGCAUUUAAGGAGACCUCAAGUCCGGCAUCCAAGAUGAAGAAGUCUGGUUUGAGCAGGAAGCGAUAAAUGGACAUUAAUUUCUGGGAAGGAACUUGGUUUGGUACUCAUUUAAUCCUUUGGUUUUUGUCGCGUAUUAACUUUAAUGGCAAAUACAGUAUAGUUUAUGGUGUUUCACCCCAAAAUCUGUAUCGUAGAUUAUUUAUUCAGCAUUAAAGACAAGAUGACUUCCCUGAAAGAAGCAGUGGUUAUGGAAUUUUUCAUUUUGGUAAAUAUGGCAAUUUCUUCCUUCUUUGAAGGGCUGCCUUGUACAUGUCAAAUUAGGUUUUGUAGGGUGUAACUGAACAAAAACUAUCAAGUGAUGGUGAUAGUAUAAAAUAGCAACUUUUUUUUUCCUUCCA